AUGUUUUGGAAAUUUGCAAGGUGUUUUGCUAUGUUGAGGUCACAAUUGCACUUAUGGGUAGAACAAACUUUACACAAACUGCGAUUUAUGCGUACACUUCACGUUUUACUGACGGGAAAGAGAAGCAUUGAUUUAGGUGGUUUUUGCAAAGCAAAGCCAAAGAUAUUUUUUUUCAUACCUCAGUUACUUCAUGAUUGA